UCUGUGCUCAGGUCCUUAAAAGUGUAAACAAACCUGUGAUCGGCGUACAUACGUCAUCUAUUGUGCGGUUAUAGUCGACAUCCUGGCGUCGGGCAGUCGCCGAAUGUGAGUCUCCUGUGGAAAUGAGUGUCGGGAGUGCCGAAAGUAGCGAUGUGCGAUCGUCAGAAGGGUACUAUUUGUGUAGUAAAGAUUGAAACUACAGGGAAGCUGCUCUAUUCUAGCGUACAUGAACAUGUUAUAGGAAGUUCAAAUUCAGAUAGAGUUACAGCAAAGAUUACCUGCAUGUUCGUGGAGUUUUAUCAUCAGGAAAAUGUGUCGGAAUUGUUUUGCAAGCAUGAAUGUACAUUGCAUCUUCAGCAUAAUAGAGGAAUAACAACAGAGGCUCGAUGCUUUUCAAUUAGAGUCUGGAAGGUACGUCUUGAAAAUUGGCCGGAAAUGGCCGGAAUGGAAAUUGCCACGGUAACGCGAUCUGCCAGAUUUCGCGAAGAAAGCUGCAGCUUCGACUCACGCGGAUGCCGUACUGGAGGAACCGGUUCGGGCCGGGCAGUGUCGGCUGGAAGGUUUGAAGUAAAACAUAGCCGACCUCAACUGCAAGUCGUUUCGAGCGAAUAAAAAUGUUUCAUUAAUACCGUCGAGAAAUGUUUUUUACUAAAUAUAUCGUCAGCCAAAUAAAUAUUGGCGACCGUCGUGUCGCCAGUUAAAUGAUGAAAUGAGUGCAAUCAACGCGG